UGUACCUCCCUCCAGAACUUGUACCAGAACAGGUUCCUGGGCCUGUCCGCCAUGGCGUCGCCGUCACGCAGCGCCCAGAGUCGGCGGCGCUGCAAGGACGCUGGGACACGUUACAGCUACAGCCCCGAGCAGUACCCCAACGGUGGGCCCCGGCACGACCACGCCACCGCCCUGGCCCUGCAGCCCCGCUCUACUAGCGAUGCUGACCUGGUCACCUCGGACAGCCGCUCAACGCUGACCGUCAGCACCUCCCACUACGCCAUCAGCCAGUCCCAGGACAUGCUCAUCUGCUGGGACAUCAAGGAGGAGGUGGAUGCCGGGGACUGGAUCGGCAUGUACCUCAUAGAUGAGGGACUGUCGGAGAACUUUCUGGACUAUAAGAACCGGGGAGUGAACGGCUCCCACAAAGGCCAGAUAGUGUGGAAGAUCGAUACCAGCUCCUACUUUGCAGAAUCGGAGACUAAGAUAUGCUUCAAGUAUUACCACGGUGUGAGCGGAGCCCUGCGAGCCACCACACCCAGUGUGACAGUGAAGAAUGCAUCUGCCCCUGUGCUGAAGCCAGUGGUCAGCCAGGAGGUCACACAGAGUCUUGGCAACAGAAGGCUCAUCAGUUUCUCUCUCUCAGAUGUCCAAGCGGUGGGGCUGAAGAAGGGAAUGUUCUUCAACCCUGACCCCUACCUGAAGAUCGCCAUCCAGCCCGGCAAGCACAGCCUCUACCCCGCGCUGCCCCACCACGGCCAGGAGAAACGCUCCCGCAUUGUCUGCAACACCAUCAACCCUGUUUGGCAGAGAGAGCGCUUCAGCUUUGUGUCUUUGCCUACGGACGUGCUGGAGAUCGAGGUGAAGGACAAGUUUGCUAAGAGCCGGCCCAUCAUCAAACGUUUCCUGGGCAAGCUGUCCAUGCCGGUGCAGAGGCUACUGGAGAAACACGCCAUCGGGGACCGUGUGGUGAGCUACUCUCUUGGCCGCAGGCUGCCGACGGAUCAUGUUAGUGGACAGCUGCAGUUCAGAUUUGAGAUGAUGUCUUCCAUUCACCCAGAUGACGAGGACAUCUCCCUCGUCAUGGAGUGCCCUGUGGUCCCUGACCCUGACCAGUUGGAGGUAAACCAGGUGGACCCAGUCACCCCAGCAGAGAUCCCUGCCGAAGACACAUUGAGCAUGGGGCCCGACACACCUGAACUUCCCCUGGAUGGAGCGCCAGACUUGGAGGACCCGGAGCCCUCCACCACUCUCGCUUAUGUCUCCCUCACAGAGGAGGCCCAUCCUGGGGACGAUGUCAUGGAGGAGGAGGGUGUGGAGGAGCAGGUCACCCUGGUUGAGAUGGAGGAGAGUACAGUUAGGGAGGUGCAGGUAUCUUCUUCAGAUCCACAGACUGGGAUAGAAGAGCAGGUUUCAGCUGAACAAUUGGUGGAGGAGAGAGAGGAGGAGGAGGAGACUGGAGCCCAGGAGGCUCAAGCCCUGUCUGAGGAGGGGGAGGCCCAGGUGCAGCCUAAACCUGAGGGUGUGGAGAUGGAGUUGGACAGUGAGGAACCUACCACUGCUGUGGAGGAGCCGUUGGAAGGAGCCACGGGGCCUGUGCCGUCUGAGGAGCUAGUGGAGGUAGUGGAGGAGGAGGGACAGCAGGUGGUGGUGGAAGCCAAACCGAGGAGGGUUGACUGUUGCUGCCCAGCCCGCGCCUCCCCUCCAAUGCGGAGCGCCCUGCGGCGCAAGAACAGGCCCUGCUCGCUGCCCGUCUCGGAGCUGGAGACAGUGAUCGCCUCAUCGUGUGGCGACCCCGAGACACCACGCACCCACUACAUCCGCAUCCACCACCUCCUCCACAGCCUGCCUUCAGCACACCAACGGCAGGGCAGCGGGGAGGAGGAAGAGGGGGAGGAGGAGGGAGGGUCUUCUACCGAGGAGCCGACUAUCAAACCCACCUCCAAGGACGGGGAGGAAGGGGAAGGGGAGGAGGAGGAGGAGGAAGGAGACGCGUCCCAAUCCCUGGCGUCCCCCUCCCAGGUGCGUGAGUGCACAGCCCCCUGCUGUCGUAGUAGGACUCUCCCCCGCAGUCUGUCCAUCGAGCGCCUGUCAGAACUCAACCAGCUCCUGGAUGGAGGGGAGAGGGGAGGGAGGACGCUACACCCACGCCUGGAGAACGAAGAGGCGGAAGUGGGCGGAAGCGGCCGGGGAGUGAGGGGGAGCGAGUGUGAGUUGUGCGACAACUCCUGCUACAGCACGUCUUGUUACAGCACCAGUUGUUACAGCACCUCCUGCUACAGCAACUCUGGCUACGAGGGGCGCAACCGCCCCUGCAGCCACACACGGCUGUCGUCGGUGGACAGCACACGCCUCUCAGAGAGCACCGUCUUCUCCUCGCAGGACGAAGAGGAGGAAGAGGAGGAGAACAGCGCCUUUGAGUCGGUGCCUGACUCCAUCCAGAGCCCCGACACCAGGGAGCCUGGCGGCGAUGGGACGACAGCAGAAUGGAGGGAGGAGACGGAGGAGGGGACGAGAGGGGAGAGCGGGGAGUCGCCGGUGGCCGGGCCUAGCGAUAGGACAGUAGGAGACUGGGAGGCGCGCAUUGACAGCCACGGACGUGUCUUCUACGUGGACCACGUGAACCGCACCACCACCUGGCGGAGGCCCACGCACGCCGCCUCCAAGUGUAACGGCAUCCAGCGCUCCAGCUCCACCCAGCAGAUGGAGCAGCUCAACAGGAGGUACCAGAACAUCCAGAGGACCAUGGCGACGGAGGAUGAGUGUGGUGGACGGAGGUUGGAGAGAAGUGUCAGCACGGAAACGGAAACAGACUCUCCACCACAGGCCAUUGAGCCAAGGAGAGAGGGCCCCUCAUCCCCUGUCAGCAACCAGAAGAUCACCCUGCUCCUCCAGUGCCCUGCCGUUAAGUUCAUCACCCACCCUGAGUUCUUCACGGUCCUACACGCCAACUACGGUGCCUACCGGAUAUUCACCAACAGUACCUGUCUGAAGCACAUGAUCCUGAAGGUCAGGCGGGACGCGCGCAACUUUGAGCGCUACCAGCACAACAGAGACCUGGUGAUUUUCCUCAACAAGUUUGCCGACACACAACUAGAGCUGCCCCGAGGCUGGGAGAUCAAAACAGACCCACAGGGCAAGUCGUUUUUCGUGGACCACAACAGCCGGGCGACAACCUUCAUUGACCCCAGGAUCCCCUUACAGAACGGCCGUCUGCCCAACCAUCUGACCCACAGGCAGCACCUGCAGAGACUGCGCAGCUACAGUGCUGGAGAGGCGUCUGAUGUGUCCCGGAGUCGAGUAGCUUCCCUGAUUCACAGACCUGGGAACAGCCUGGUAGCCGCCAUACGUAGCCAGUACCACCCCGACUCCACACCGUUAGGUGCACCAUCUUACAAUGACAAGAUAGUGGCAUUCCUUCGCCAGCCAAACAUCUUUGAGAUGCUUCAAGAGCGCCAGCCGAGCCUGGCCAGGAACCAUGUACUAAGGGAGAAGAUCCACUACAUCAAGACGGAAGGUUCACAGGGGGUGGAGAAGCUGUCUUGUGAUGCUGACCUGGUCAUUCUACUGAGCUUGUUUGAGGAGGAAAUCAUGUCCUAUGUUCCACCCCACUCCUUUCACCCGGGGUACAGCUUCUCGCCCCGCUGCUCACCCGGAUCCUCGCCACAAAACUCCCCAGGCUUACAGAGGGCCCGAGCUCCGGCUCCAUACCGCAGAGACUUUGAAGCCAAACUGCGUAACUUUUACAGGAAGCUGGAAGCUAAGGGCUAUGGCCAGGGACCAGGGAAGAUCAAACUGAUCAUCAGAAGAGACCACCUGUUGGAGGGCACCUUCAACCAGGUGAUGGCCUACUCCCGCAAGGAGCUGCAGAGGAACAAGCUCUACAUCACCUUCCUGGGAGAGGAGGGGCUGGACUACAGCGGCCCCUCCAGGGAGUUCUUCUUCCUGUUGUCCCAAGAGCUAUUCAACCCUUACUACGGCCUGUUUGAGUACUCAGCCAACGACACUUACACCGUCCAGAUCAGCCCCAUGUCUGCCUUUGUUGAGAACCAUCUGGAAUGGUUCCGCUUCAGUGGGCGUAUUCUAGGCCUGGCCCUGAUCCACCAGUAUCUGCUGGAUGCCUUCUUCACACGACCCUUCUACAAGGCCCUCCUCAGACUAUCCACAGACCUGAGUGAUCUGGAGUAUCUGGAUGAGGAGUUCCAUCAGAGUCUCCAGUGGAUGAAGGACAAUGACAUCACUGACAUCCUGGACCUCACCUUCACCGUCAAUGAGGAGGUCUUUGGCCAGGUGACGGAGCGGGAGCUAAAGUCGGGUGGCUCCAACCUUCAGGUGACGGAGAAGAACAAGAAGGAGUACAUUGAGCGCAUGGCCAAGUGGAGGGUAGAGCGCGGGGUGGUGCAGCAGACUGAGGCCCUGGUCCGAGGAUUCUAUGAGGUGGUAGACUCUCGUCUGGUGUCGGUGUUUGAUGCCAGAGAGCUGGAGCUGGUCAUUGCAGGGACGGCUGAGAUCGACCUAAACGACUGGAGGACCAACACAGAGUACAGAGGAGGUUACCAUGAUGGCCACAUAGUGAUGCGGUGGUUCUGGGGCGCGGUGGAACGCUUCAACAACGAGCAGAGACUGCGGCUGCUACAGUUUGUGACGGGCACCUCCAGUGUUCCAUACGAAGGCUUCGCUGCCCUACGGGGAAGCAACGGCCUACGACGCUUCUGCAUCGAGAAGUGGGGCAAGGUCACCUCACUACCCAGGGCUCACACGUGCUUCAACCGCCUGGACCUUCCACCUUACCCCUCCUACACCAUGCUGUAUGAGAAACUACUGAUUGCUGUGGAGGAGACCAGUACCUUUGGCCUGGAGUGAGACUAACCACUGGCACUGACCACUGACUGACUUCCUUUGGCACCCUACUAACAAACUUGGUUUAUUUUUACGUACAAAUAUUAACUCUGGACAAAUGGCAUCCUCAGUUGUUGUUUUCUUACAAUACGUACCUGAGGAGUGGUUUGAAAAAGAGGGAUCAAACGUAUUAAAACUUGCAUGCACUGCAUCACUCACCAGAGACAUUGUACAUAAACCAACAUGUAUGCAACAGUGAAGACCUUGGCUCCAGCCUGUUCUACGACCCCCCCCCCCCACACUUUGUCCACCUCAUGGUCUCAUCAGUUUAAUCUUCCCCAUAAGACUAUUCCAGCUCCAAAGACUGAGGCUGACACUAUGCAGGGGAGGGGCUUGCUCCACCGGCUGCCACCCACAGCCCGCCACCUCUGACAUCAGAGGAAGUGACAUCGGCGGUGACCCGCUAAAAAUCGUAAGUCUCUCCAGACCUUAAUCUUGUCCUAUCAAUCAUCGCAGAGCAUUUCCUGAAAUCACCUUGACUCCCGACGACCAUUCAGUGACAAGACCAAAACAUUUUUUAUUCCCAUUGUUACAUUUAAAAAGCAUGUUUCAUGCAUGUUUCACCAAUUGCUUUAUCAUCAUAAGGGCAUCACUGUUUUCCUCAGAGUGGAUGAACAGGUGCUUUUUUAGGAAUUCCUUCACUGUUCUGAGUCCAUGGCCAGCCUGGGUGUACUUACUGCACACAGUUGUCUGAAUCUCCCGCCCAAGAAAGUUACCAAACUAUGCCUCCAUGAGUUAUUGCCUCUGUGACACCAGCUAUGUGUUAAUGAAUCACACCUACUAUUGGAGACGCCGAUGCAGUGGUGCAAUGGUUUUUGCCGCAUCGUGGCAGUAGGAGGCUUAUUAGAGUCACAGUUCCUGUACUGUGAGAGGAACUGUAGAGACCCAGGUGAUGAUGUAACUUGUACAAGGCUAAGAUUAGAAUGUGAAAGGCUAAGCUCUGAGAGUUCUCUUGUCAGCCUUGCAGUGUCAUUGAGCUCACACCAUAAAUAAUACCCUUGUCAUUCGGACCAUGGGCUUUGCAAUUUAAGCCCAAACGCUGACUGGGAGAUCUCAACCAUAGAGGUAAAUUCUGUACUGUGAGGCACUGUGCAACUUUGAUGGAGUGUAACAUCAUGUUGAACAUCCCUUUCUGUCCUGGUCUAGUGUUGACAAUUAAUCUUGGGGUCUCGCCCUUUGUUUUUAACAUUUUCAUUGAAAGGAUGGACACUAAAUGGCAGUUUCCAGAACACAGAUUAGGCAUAGUCCUAUACCAGAGGUAUUCAAAGUCAGAGGGAAUUGCAGUCGUGUUUUUUUGGGGAGGUUGGCCAGAAAAUGAGGAUUGUAUAUUGCCUCAAAACGUUUUUUUGAGAAACAUAAUUAGAAAAAUCUCAUUUUAUUAAUUCAAUUUAUUAUUUUGAUAAAAUAUGAAAAUAUCAUCAAUUUAAGGUUAUUUGUUUAUGUAAAAAUCGAAAUUGACAGAUUUUCAGGUUGCGUCAUUAGAUUUAGGGUGGGGUGGAGUCGCCAGAAAUUCUGACAAAAGAAAAAAGGGGUCCCCGCUGAAAAAGUUUGAAUACCGCGGUCUAGACUAAAAAGCUAUUUCAAUGAAGAGUCUCAAUUGACUGUGCUUUUUAGUCCUGAACCAGUAUUAAUCGGUUUCAGGAAAAGCAGCCCUAAAUGGCCCCUAGUUAUACUGUAAAAUACUGUAGAUUGUCCAUGAUUGAAGCUACAGCUGUUGUACUAUGAUCAUAGUAUAAUAUUUGUAUGGAAAGAACCAGGGCUACUACAAAAACAAAAAAAAAAUUCAGGGAGCAUAGAAGAUUCUUGUUAGUUUUGUUUCAUAAGUACUGUUGUUUUUUUUCUAUCAUGUUUUUAUUUUUAUUUUUUUGUCAAAGCGGUUGAUGUAAUAUUAUGGUUUCUCUUCAGGACCAUAAGGUGGAAAACUAAUUUGAAUGUUUUGUUUGGUAAACAUUGUCCAGUAUUGUUUAGGUGUUUUUAUAAUGAUGGCAUAGGAAUUGAAAUGCUUUCAAAAACAGGACUUUUAUGUGCCCCCCCCCCCCCCCCAUGUGUACAUAGUUUUUGUUACUUCUGCCUUCAUUUAGUACCUUUUUUAUAUUUUUCAUGAUUUUGAAUUGUAUUUCAAAAUGGCUUUGUUCAUUUAGAAUUUGUGGGGAAAUGUUGGUGUUGUCUUCCUUCCCUUUGCACUGUAAAUGUAACCUUGACCACUUUCUCUUUCGUCACUAUCUGGCCAAGUUGCAAAGUCAGGAGCCCUGUCUAGUUCUAUUCUUAAAAUCAGAUUUUAAACCUAACCGUGACUCUAACCUUAUCCACACUGCUAACCUUAUGCCUAACCCUAACCUUAAAAAUGUUUUGUUUCAUACAUUUUUAUGAUAUAGACAAUUUUGCAGUUUGGCCAUCUAGUGGGAACCCAAUCUAUCCAUCUUCUAUGUUGGUAUUGACUGGUGAAAAUUGUUGUUUAUUCAAGUUGUUGACGUAGGAAUUGCAUCCUUAAUGGUCGAAGACACAGAGAAUGUCUGCAUACCAAAUGGUACCCUUUUCCCUAUGUAGUGCACUACUUUUGACCAGGCCCUCUCAAAAGUUGUGCACUAUAUAGGGGUUGGGCAGCCAUUUGGGACAUACAAAUGUGUCAUGUAGAGAAUAAGUCAUUUUGUUUGAAUUGUCUAGCAUUGUAUUUUUUAAAAAUAUGUAAUUCAGUAGUCUAUUUUGAAUGGCUUUAUGAAGAAUUUUAUCCAUAGAAUAUCCUGGUCAUCACUUGGUAUGAUCGAUCCUAUAAUAUGAGAAUAUUUAUUAAAUUAAUAUUGCUCUUAAAUUAUUCAAUAUUACCCUUAAAUUAUUCUAAAUGAUCUAUGUACGUUGUUUAAGUGCAUUAACUAUUCAAAUAUUUAAGACCAGAGCUUGAUCAGAGCAUUCAAAUAAAUAAUGCACCGAUAAUUCAAUCUAACUGUACUACAGUUUGAGUACCUUAUUUUUGUGAUUAAAAAAAAAUCUAUAUUUUUAUUUGCCUAUUUAUUUUUCAUGUUAUAUCCCCUUGGGAACAGCAAGGUAACAGUAGAUCUUCCAAUCAUCAGUCAAAAACUGGCAGAAAGGUUGUGAUAUUGAUUAGCAUUAGCAUCUAUACCUUGUUGAUAUGACUUGAUAAAAGGCUCCCUCUUAUGGAAAUUGGUACUUUGUCCUCUCCUUUUUAACUUUCCUUGUCCUGUAGGACUUUGUCUUUCAGAAUUGUGACAUUUUGAAAGACAUGUUUCAUGAUCAAAUUUGGUUUGAUGACAGGUCACUAAAUACUCAGGCUGUGCUUUCGCUCCAUGUACUCAUAUCACUGUACACGAAUGUCAAUAAACAAUCACUUUGUAAUUAA